CUGCGGGCUGCGCGGGAGUCCUCUGCGAGGGGCUGAGGGAGGGGAGCAAAUAGGCCGCCCUUUGCCCCCUGCAGGGGGCGCUUCUUUAAUGUCUCCUCUCUUGCUCUCCUCUGCAACUGGCCUGUUGCCUCUUCCUGGUGUCCACGCAGAGAAUGAACUAUGGAAGGGAGCGGCAUGUCCUCAGCAGCCUGUGAGGGGCUGGAGUCCCUUUCCUAUCUGGACCUGAUGUCCAAACACCCCCCAAUAGAGUGCGUCUCUAUUGAUGACCCAGAGGCAUGUCAACCUUUGAAAGUCUACUUGAGAGUGAGACCGUUCUCUAAGGCAGAACUUGAAAACAAUGAAUUUCAGAACUGUGUAAUAAUUGAAAAUCCAGAAACAGUAACUCUUCAGGCACCCAAGGAAUCUUCUGCAAUGAAGAACAGUGAAAAGGGGAUUGGGCAGUCCAUACACCGAUUCACCUUCACUCGGGUUUUUGGACCAGAAACUACUCAAAGUGAAUUUUUUGAAGGUACAAUGAGAGAGAUAGUAAAAACUUACAUUGAUGGAGUGAAUGGACUGGUGUUUACUUAUGGAGUUACUAAUGCAGGCAAAACAUUCACUAUUCAAGGAUCCCCAAAAGAAGUUGGUAUUUUGACCCGUUCUCUUGAUAUGAUCUUUACCUGCAUUAAAGGAAGACAGUACCUGAAGAUGGACUUAAAACCACAUCUAAGCAAUAAUAUUAAGAAGCUGGAAGAUGUACAAGUUAAACAAGAGGAAGCCAUAAAAGCAGCCAUUCUUGCUUCACUGAAAGAGGAGACAGAAAAUAUUUUGAAUUCUCCUACAACUCUGAGUGCUUCGUCAAGCAUCUAUGAUCUGACCUCAACUAGCAACUGUACUUCACCAGGUCUACUUUCUGACCCACGAGAGGAGAAAUCUCUAACUACUGGAACAGACUUGAAUCACAAAACACAGUCAUCUGUUUGGGUUUCCUUCUGUGAAAUUUAUAAUGAAUAUGUAUAUGAUCUUUUGGACACAUUAUCUACAUCAAAAAAUCAAAAACGCAGAAUUCUAAGAAUCUGUGAGGAUCAAGGAGGAAACUCUUAUAUAAAAGAUUUAAAGUGGAUCAACAUUAAAAGCACUGAAGAGGCCUGUAAAAUACUGAAAAUAGGAAACAAGAACCGAAGCUUGGCUUUUACUAGAAUGAACCAGUAUUCAAGUAGAAGUCACAGUAUAUUUUCUAUCAGACUACUAAGACUAACUGAUGAGGAUAAGCCUCGUGUUCUUGGAAUUUCAGAAUUGUCUCUCUGUGAUUUGGCUGGAUCAGAAAGGUGCAAUAAAGCGCAGUCUUUUGGAGACAGACUAAAAGAAGCAGGAAAUAUUAAUAAUUCUCUUCUGAUUCUCGGGAAGUGUAUUGCAGCACUAAAGCAGAAUCAGAAUCCUAAAGUGAAACCAAGCUAUGUUCCAUUCAGAGAGAGUAAACUGACCCGCCUGUUCCAACCAUUCUUCUGCGGUAAAGGCAAAGCUUGUAUGAUUGUUAACAUUAAUCCAUGUGCUUCCACUUACGAUGAAACACUACAUGUAAUGAAAUUUUCUGCUGUAGCCAAACAGGUUAUUCAGACGGUCAUACCUAACAACUUUGAAAGUUUUGUCCCAAGACUAGUCGGAAAGGAUGGGAAACCUUUAAUGCAUUUUGAUGCAAAUAUAUCUGCCCAAGAACUUUCUGAUAUGGAGACCUCUAUGGAAGAGGAAGUGGACAUCACAAUAAUGAGCCACGAGGAUCUUUUGAAAACUACUGAGAACCUAAAGGAAAGACUAGUGAUGGAAAAACAGAGUAAACUACUUCUUGAGGUGCAGAUACGUAAAGAGAUGGCAGAAGCAAUGUUCCAGCAAUUGUUGGAAACUGAGGAAACUUGGAGUAAACGCCUGGAAGAUGUGAAAGAAAGUUAUGAAGAUAAACUGGAAAGUAAAUUUGAAAUGUAUAAAGAAGCUAUAAAGAAACAUGCAUAUAUGUGUGCAGUGGAACAAAUAGAAGAUCACUAUGUUCCCAUAGAAGAAUUCAUAGCUGAACAAGAGAAAGUUGAGGAUAGAGAUAGGAAAAUAUUACAGUUGAAACUACAAUUUGGUGAGCAGUCUGAUGAAUUGUUGGCUCUGGGAAGUCCAAGUCCCAUUGUAUGUGCUACAGAAGGUGACGUUAAACCAGAUCUUAAAUACGAGGAGAUGCAGCAAACAAAAGAACAAUUGCAGAGGAAGUGUGAAGAGCAAGAUGAGCUUAUAAAAUCUUUAAAGUUUAAAAUCCAGAAAUUAAAUGAAAAUGUGCAAGAAGUUAAUGAAGCCUGCAGUAAAACAAGUGAAGAGAACAGUACACUGAAACACAUGUUGAUGCUCAAGGAUCAAGAAAUGAGAGGCCUUCAGAACUGGGCUAAACGUGUCCUUGAGCUUGAAACUACAGUGUCUUCUCUGCAAGAAGAACUUGAUGAGACCAAAAAGCAGUUAUGGUCAGAGGAUCUUAAGCGCCAUAAGCCAAAGAGAGGUUUGCUUGCUAACCUAAAGUCAACAGUAGCCAGUACUUCUAAAACACCCAUCAGUAAAGCUGUGGGGAAAUUUGAAGUGUGUCCCAGUCCUUCAAAGAAACAAGUUGCAUUAGCAUAUAAAACAAAAGAAUAACAUGAAGACUUGAAUUCUUAAUGCGUGUACCUGACGAGGCCUAAUUGCUGCAGUUCUGAGCUGGUGAUAGUAACAGUGGAAAAGGAGCCUUGUGGGGAUGAAAAUUUACUUUAAGGCAGUUUGGAAGAUAAGCUGGUAAAGAACAAAGUUCUUGUUCCUAUCAACAAAAUAAGAGCAGAGUUGACUGAAGAGAAUAUGUAAAGGCAACCCCCAACUUGGGAUUCUUGUUUGACUUUGGAAAUAUCUGUGUUGUGGAAAAACUACAGAACUCCAUGUACCCUGCAGGAGAUUAGUGUGGCACUCUUCUACUUGUUAUUACUCUCUCUCAAACUGCUCAAAAGGCAUUUACAAUGACUAUCUCAUGAAAUCAAACAGCUUGUUUUGCUUCAAGAUUUAUAAAUAGUGGUGCUGGCUUUCUCACUGUUCACCAACUGCUCGAUUUGAAUUAAAGCAUUAGUCUUUUUCCAUGCUUAACCUCAACACUGGGUGUGACUUAACUCCAUUGCAAACUGAAACCUCGUGCGUAUAUUCAAAAGAUGGACUAGCAAAGGGCCACUACAUCCCUGAAGAGCCUCUGCUACAAUAGCAGUUACCUUGCUUUUGUAAAAUAAUUUGUUUUUAAUUGUUUGUAUUUGUAUAUUUGUUUUCUUACAAUAAAACUUUGGGUUCUGUCAAGUCCUUUAA